AUGCGACUACGGUUGAGCAUCAUCAAGCCUCGUAAGCUUACAGGCUUCGAAAGAGUCAUUUCAAUACCAAGUCUCCGUCAAAAGCGCCGUAGAGCGCUCCUUGCAGGGAAUACAGUGGGAUUUGUGCCAACGAUGGGCGCUCUUCACCAAGGCCAUCUGGCCUUGAUACGACAAGCUGCGAGGGAAAACGAUCAGGUCUUUGUUUCAAUCUAUGUCAACCCUACUCAAUUCGGCGUCAAUGAGGACCUCAGCUCGUACCCUCGGACCUGGGACGCUGAUAAAGUCAAGCUCGCGGCAUUGGCAAAGGAGUUUAAAAAUGACAGCCUAGUAGGCCACAUGAGUGUUAUAUUCAUGCCAAGUACAAAAGAGAUGUAUCCGUGCUCGCCUCCAACCUCUGAGGUCGACGGUCAAGGGUCGUUUGUGACCAUCACCCCUUUGUCAUCGAGACUUGAAGGUGCUUCGAGACCGGUCUUCUUCCGCGGUGUUGCAACAGUCUGCAUGAAGCUUUUGAAUAUAGUGCAGCCCGAAAGGGUGUACUUUGGGCAAAAGGACAUUCAGCAGACAUUUGUGGUCAAGCGGAUGGUGCAGGAUUUCCAUCUCAAUACGGAGGUUCGCGUUGGCUCGACAAUCCGUGAACCGGAUGGUUUGGCUAUGAGCUCUCGCAACGUUUAUCUUGGAGAACGGAGACGCAAAGUAGCAUUGGUGCUCUUAGCUUCUUUCAAAGAGGUUCAAAAAGUCUUCGCUAGAGGAGCUAGGAAGAGGCGGUUUUUGUACAAUGCGGCGAUUGACAAGCUGUCCGUCAUGAAAAAACAGCAGUACGCCUUGCCGAGAGAGAAGCGUGCAAGAUUCGAGAUCGACUACAUCUCGAUCGCGGAUCCUGACACCCUGGACGAGUUGGAAGAGGUGGAUUCGGAGCGCGGAGCCAUAUUGAGCGGUGCUAUCAAAAUGCUCCCACUUGAAGAGCCUCAUGAAGGAGAGGAAACUGGUCUUGGCGGAGGGACAUCGACCGUGAGACUGAUCGAUAAUAUACGUUUGGAGCUUCUGUCAGCUAAGGUUGGAUAUAUACCAUAG